AAAUGAUGCCCUCAGACUGUCGGCGCCCUGACAAAAGUGUAAAGUCGUGAUCAGUCAACAAAGUGCAACAGCCACGAAUAAAUCAUCGUCUGUCUGCUUGAGAAACCUAAGGGAAAGUUAAUCGAACUGUCACGUAUAACAGUAACGCCACUAAAAAAAAAGAACACCAAAGACAGAAUAGGCAAACACAUGACGCAUUGUCUUUGAUUGGUCGUGCUGACAAUCUGAUGGACACAAUAAAUACUCUUUAAUUGCCGUAAAGGUAUUACCCGCCCUGGUGACGUCAUAGAGGUAUCCGGUGGCAUUGUCGUGUACGUGCGCGCGGCAUCUCGCACGGGCAGCAGCGGCACAGGUAAUCGCUUCUCAGCAGCGGCUCACUGGACAUGGCCAGGUAACAGAUGUAGGGAGGCGUUGAACGUGAGCGCCAGCCUGGCUCCACAGCUGUAAUAUGUCAAUGUAAAUGUAGCACAGCCUACGACGUAUCGUAAGAGAAAUCUGUGUCUGGAUUACCGCCUCGAAGUUCAGUGACUACAUUUUUUUUUGUGCGUGAAUUUCUCUCUCUAUUUAUUUAUAUUUCUUUUUUAAAAUUGUGUUCCGCGUGUGUUAAUUCCUGACAAAAUACCCAUACUUUACAAAGCGUAUACAUUCUCUGUUUUUUAAUUGUUACUCAUCUAUUUAUCCAUCGAAAACUGUUCUGACUUGACACGAUACCACAGAAGUAACAAGAUCUGGACUUUAUCGAACAAACUUAUUCAUGUUGAAUAUACGGACGCGUGUACUGAUUUUCGUAUACUUGAAGAUACAAGCCAACUUUGGCUUCAUUACAUUUCGUAACACACUGGGAUGUGCAGUGUCUGUUGCUUGAUAUAAUAGAAAGUUUCAUCUUGUGUAAUUGUCCUAGAUAAGUUAAAUAGUUAAGGAAACAAAUUACUAACAAUUUCAACAUCAGUGUUCCCUUCCCAACAACCAAAACAAAACAUGGGGUCGAACGAUACAUUCUUCAACUUGACAAUGCUCAAUGUAACUGACGGCAACGGAACAUCCAGUAAUGGUUCUGAAAACGGGACGGCCUGUUGGAAUGAGUACUGCUGGGACGAGGAAUACUACAACGACCUUCUAGAGGACCACGUUUUCCCAAAAGCUUACGAAUGGGUCUUCAUCCUUCUGUAUUUCUUGACGUUCACCGUAGGGCUGGUGGGGAACGCUUUAGUGUGCUGGGCAGUCUGGAGAAACCACAACAUGCGGACGGUGACCAAUGUGUUCAUCGUCAAUCUGGCUGUGGGAGAUUUCCUGGUGAUUCUCGCCUGCCUCCCGCCCACACUGGUGCAGGACGUCACGGAGUCCUGGUUCUUGGGGACCCGGGUGUGCAAGGCUGUUCUCUAUCUGCAGUCGACAUCGGUGUCCGUAUCAGUGCUAACGCUGAGUGCCAUUGCAGUAGAGCGCUGGUGGGCCAUCUGCUACCCCCUCAAGUUCAAAUCCACCAUGUCCAGAGCCAGAAAAAUCAUCUUUCUCAUUUGGGUAGUUUCUUUCCUGUCGGCGCUACCGGAAGUCAUUGUUGCCACGACCCACCCUUAUCCUUUCCCUGGACAUUUCACAUCCAUAUAUUUGACCAGAUGCAGCCCGUCAUGGAAUUCCCUGAAUCAGGGCAUCUACCAGAUCCUGGUGGCUCUGUUUUUCUACCUUCUGCCCAUGGUGAUGAUGGGAGCCACGUACACACACAUCGCGACAGUGCUGUGGAAGCACGAGAUCCCGGGCGCCGUUGUCGGGGGUCGUAAGCCGAUGCUGGACGGAAACCGGAACUCCCAGGACGAGCAAAUCAUGUCAAGACGGAAAGCUGCGCGCAUGCUCAUCGCUAUCGUCAUUGUGUUUGGGAUCUGCUACUUGCCAGUUCACAUCAUGAAUCUUCUACGAUACUUUGAAGCUGUGGACUACGGAACAGACAUGCAUGCCCCGAUUGUCCAGUCCCUGGUCAGUCACUGGCUACCUUACUUCAACUCAGCGUUAAACCCUGUCAUAUACAACUUCAUGAGUGCCAAGUUCCGGAAAGAGUUCAAGUCCGCGUGUUUUUGCUGUUUUUAUGGGAUGCGGACGCGGCCCUUUCGAGGCCGUAGAGAUCAUACCUUUACGAUGACCUUCUCCAACAGCAACUACAGCAACUGCCACACAGAAGAGGUCACUCUCGCCAGCAUCUGAGUUACCAGGACUUCGUGAGAAGGAAGACUUCAGCCGGUCGUCAUAACGAUAAGCGGCGGAAAAUAAAAAGAAACAGACCUCUCUCUGUACCCUCAAAUCAAACUUUAAGAAUAAAUUACUCAUAUUGAUUUGAGUUCAC